GCUUUUCAGCAAGUUGAUAACCUCAUAGGACACGGGAGAAGUAGGAAGUCACUUUCGAACAGUGUGGUCCUCUCGCUUAUCGCCUUUUCGCAAACCAGGUUCUUAUCAAGUUAAAUUUCUUUCAACAGCGGAGUGAUGGCUUACCCCGGAUACGGUGGCUAUGGAGGUCAGAUGCCAGGUAUGCCCGCUCAGGGAAUGCCCCAUCACGGGAUGCCCCAUCACGGUAUGCCACACCAAGGGAUGCCCCACCAAGGGAUGCCUAUGGGUGGUGCCCCAGGAGCAGGAUACCCCCCCCAGCCAGGGGCUUACCCAGGCAGCUUUGGCGCUCCUCCUCCCGCUCAGGACCCAAUGUGGGGCUACUUCACGGCCAUCGCAGGGCAGGAUGGUGAAGUCGAUGCUGAGGAACUUCAAAGAUGCCUGACACAGAGUGGCUUCAGUGGCACCUACACACCCUUCAGCUUAGAGACGUGCAGAAUUAUGAUCGCCAUGCUGGAUCGGGACAUGACGGGUAAGAUGGGCUUCAAUGAGUUCAAGGAGCUCUUCAUGGCACUGAACGGGUGGAAGCAGAACUUCAUGACAUACGACCAGGACCGCAGCGGUACUGUCGAACCACACGAGAUGCAACAAGCCAUCGGAGCCAUGGGCUACAGGGUCAGUCCCCAGGCUCUGAAUGCCAUAGUCAAGCGCUACAGUAAAGGAGGACGCAUCUUCUUUGACGACUAUGUGGCCUGUUGUGUCAAACUUAGGGCACUGACCGACAGCUUCAAGCGGAGAGACACAAUGCAGCAGGGCUCCAUCAUGUUCCAGUAUGAUGACUUCAUCCUGUGCACCAUGGCCAUCUGAGGACCUCCCUGCGGACCCCACAACACCGCCAAGAGGACCUCAGAGAAGAUGAGAGAGAGAGAUAGGAAGAGAGAGAAGAGAAGAAGAGAGGAAUGGAGAGAGAAGAGUAGAGGGAGAGGAAGAAAAGGGUGAUAGAUGCAUGCAUAUACUGAUCUAUGCAUCACUGGUAAAAGAGAUAUAUGCAGCUAACGAUAAAGAAUAAGGUGAUAUAAUAAUAAUAAUAAAAGCUGUAGUAUAUAUAUAUAUAUAUAUAUAUAUAUAUGGCUCUUCUGGGACCAUUAAAGGGUUGUUAGACAGAUGAGAGAUGACGGUGUCAGUGAUGACCAGUAAGCCUUUAAAUCACACACCUCGGAACUUUUGCCAGUUAAAGCAGUUAAACCAUCAACUUCAGGGGAGGUAUAUCAAGUGCAUGAACUAAACCACAUACUUGGAAUACCCCCCAGGACCUAAAAAUGAAAACAUGACUAGACUACACAAUUUUGUUAAUAAUAAACUAAUACAUUUCUAUGACGUUUAACCUCUAAUAUAGUUAGUCAUAUUGAAGACUGAGGCCAUAUGGGAGACGUUAUAAUUGAAGAUAUUUUGACAGACAUGAACAAACAACUUCAAUAUGAACCAUGCAGUUGAUUGUGUUACUUUUGGGCUAUUGCAUGCUAGUAAAACUGUCUGGUAUUAUGUUAUCAGAAGGGUUGGAAGUCCCAGAUCACACCCUGACCUUAACUUUAAGCAUCUUAGGACAUUUAAACUUUUGGUAAAAAUUACAAGAAGACAAGGGAACAGUUUUGUGCCAACACACAGUCUCUCACAUCAUUUAUUUUUUUAUGAUUUUAAUACACACUUGUUAUUCAUUACAUAUAUGCUAUGUUUGUAACCACUUCUAAACAGCCACUGAUGUCUCUGAAGAGCCUCCAAUAUGACUGUGUUAUCUUCCAAUAAACGUUUUAUUCAUUUA